UUUAACAUUCUAUAUAUAUUAAAGUUAAAAACGAAUUUAAUCACAAAAACUGAAAGCCAUUUUUCUGCUUCUAACAUGGAUAUUCAAACCCUAUACUUUACAUCCAUUUUUUCCCUUCUCUUUUUCGUGUUUAUAGUAAACAAAAUAGUGACCAAGAAAUCCAACUCAUCAACUCCAAAUUUACCACCAGGUCCAUUGAUGUUACCUAUUAUAGGAAACAUACACAACCUUAUUGGUUCACUUCCUCAUCAUAGGCUAAGAGAUUUAUCAACAAAAUAUGGACCCUUAAUGCAUCUAAAGCUUGGAGAAGUUUCUACUAUUGUGGUAUCAUCAGCAGAAUAUGCUAAAGAAGUGUUGAAAACACAUGAUCUUGUCUUUGCAUCAAGGCCUCCUAUCCAAGCUUCAAAGAUAAUGAGUUAUAAUUCUAUUGGUUUGUCUUUUUCACCUUAUGGUGAUUAUUGGAGACAACUUAGAAAAAUUUGUGCACUAGAACUUUUAAGUUCAAAACGUGUUCAAUCUUUUCAACCAAUUCGAAGCGAAGAGAUGACUAAUCUAAUCAAAUGGAUAGCUUCAAAGGAAGGAUCAGAAAUUAAUCUCACCAAAGAAGUGAAUUCAAGAAUAUUUUUAAUCACUUCAAGAGUUGCCUUUGGGAAGGAGUGCAAGGAUAAUAAAAAAUUCAUAUCAUUGGUAUGGGAAGCCACCAGAGUUGCUGGAGGUUUUAAUUUGGGAGAUUUGUACCCUUCUUAUAAAUGGCUUCAAAACAUAUCUGGGUUGAAGCCUAAGCUAGAAAAGUUACACAAACAAACCGACGUGAUAUUGCAAAACAUUAUUGAUGAACAUAGGUUGGUUGAUAAAUCAAGGGCAAUUGAAGAUCAUAGUGAAGAAGUGGCAGAAGAUCUUGUAGAUGUUCUAUUGAAGCAGGAUUGUUUAAGUGAUAAUAGUGUCAAGGCUGUGAUCUUGGAUAUGUAUGGAGGUGGAAGUGAGACAUCAGCUUCUACCAUAUUAUGGGCAAUGGCAGAGAUGAUUAAAAAUCCAAGAAUUAUGAAAAAGUUACAAGCUGAGGUAAGAGAGGUAUUUGAAAAAGAAAGAAAACCCAAUGAAAGUGACAUGGAGAAAUUAAAAUAUUUAAAGUGUGUUGUGAAAGAGACAUUGAGAUUACAUCCUCCUGGAGCAUUUUUAUUGCCAAGGGAGUGUGGACAAGCAUGUGAAAUAAAUGGGUAUGGUAUACCAUUUAAAAGCAAAGUGAUAGUGAAUGCUUGGGCCAUUGGAAGAGAUCCAAAUAAUUGGGAUGAUCCAGAAAGAUUUUAUCCUGAAAGGUUCAUCGACAAUUGUGUAGAUUAUUACAAAGGUAAUAAUUUUGAGUUCAUUCCGUUUGGCAGUGGCAGAAGAAUGUGUCCAGGGGUCACAUUUGGAUUGGUCAAUAUUGAGUUUUCACUUGCAUUGUUGAUGUAUCACUUUGAUUGGAAACUUCCCAAUGCAAUGAAAAAGGAAGAUUUAGACAUGAGUGAGAGUUUUGGAGUAGCUGUUACUAGAAAAAAUGAUUUACACCUUAUUCCCUUCACUUAUCAUCCAUAGCAUACUCCUCAUGUUGAAUGGAAGUGAAUUUUUUUUCACAAAAUAUUUUGAUUAAUGUGAAGAUUGUGAGUAUCUAUCUGAAAAAUACAUAUAAUAUUAAAAUCUAGGUCAUGUAAAAUAUUUAAACACAAGAGCCAAGAAAAAAUAAACUUUCCUCCAAAGUAUAGUUUUGUUCAACCCUUCUUUUUGUUGUUGAUAAGAAGAGAAUUAUAUGUACUCAUGUGUAUGUGUAUGGCAAGAUUUUAAAUAUUUGAAAUAAAGCUAUUACCAAUUGCAAUAAAGUUGUGAAUA